AGAUAUUCUUCAGGCUGGUCAACUACUUAAUGAACAAAGGAAAGUGUGGCUUAAAUGUAAAAAAUUUGGCUGUAUUGUGAGCUUCUCUUUAGAAAAAAAAAUGUAUAUCAACACCUCAAUUUUCCUAGCAAAUACCUGUUUCAAAUAUCGUACUUGGUAUGAAGCGCCGACGGGGGCUGGCGGAACACCCGACUCCUUUGAAAAAAAAAAUGCCUACGCACUUCUAUCAGCGCGAGCUAUGUGGUUCGGAAUUCUCCACCGCUUGCGUACGCCACUGCGCAACGCUCCCAGAGUGCAAUGCGCUUUUCACAUAGCCAUCUUGUCGAGUGGGAGAGGAGGGGAGGCAGUUUGUGAAUUUCAGUUCCCCGGAGCCCGGAGGGAGAGAACAGGCAUAGUCCGGCGAGGCUAGGCUUGAUUUCAGACUUUACGAGUGUCGGAGGGCUUUAUCGAUUUCGACCGAGCUCUCGGAGGCGAAGAUGGGCGUGUUUACAUGAUGUCGUGCGUGCUGGUUCCCAGGUUGAAAAAGUGCUUUAAAAAGAGAGCGGCGGACAGCGGGUCCGCCUCAGACUGACGUAGCUUCGGCAGCUGCUGAGCCGUAUCUGCGACAGCGGCCUGUUGGCAACUCCAGUGCCGGGACAAUACCUUACAAAGCAGGCCAGCUCUGAACGACCGUGGCUACAAAGAGACGUGGAGCGACGGAUUGAUAGCUUGCUAGCUACACUGGAAUCGCGUCUCGCCAAGAGCUGAGAAGACUGGGACUGUGUGUUUUUUGCAAAGGCAUAAAAUGCAACAGGAGAGGAGAAGUAAGAUGACGUAUAAUCGUCUCGCUAACAGUUGUUGUAAACUGUGAUAUUUUGUUACCAUAUAUUGUAUUUCACCGUUCGGGUGAUAUUUAGAUACGACUUUGUCCAUUUUUCUUGUUCUGCGUAGAAAGAGCGGCGUUAUCAGCGUAGAUAUUCAAAAUGUCUAAAAUGCCGGCGAAAAAGAAGAGUUGUUUUCAGAUCACCAGUGUGACACAGGCUCAGGUAGCGGCCAGCAGCAUCACUGACGACACAGAGAGUUUGGACGACCCAGACGAAUCGAGGACUGAGGACGUGUCGUCGGAAAUAUUCGACGUGUCUAGAGCGGAUUUAGAACCGGAGGUGUGCGACAGGAGCUCGUCUGACGAAACCCUGAACAACGUCGGAGGGGAGUCGGAUGCCCACGGCGUCAUUGCAUUGCAUAUACCUCAAGACGGGCAGCUACCGGCAGUAUCAGGUCCUCCGAACGGGGGGUUCGCGUUCAGGGGCGCAGCGGGGUCAGGCGUCGCUCAUGUCAGUCCGCACGUUUUGGCAGCGAGCGCGCCGGCGGCCCCGCCCCCUGCCACGGUCCUGCAACAGCCGGCCCCGCUCAGCGCUGGCGGGACCGCUAAUAAUGUGACGAUAGGUACGUCACAGGCGCCCACCGCCGCCCCGACUGUGACGGCCAGCUCGACGACGACGACGACUACUACCGCAAGCUGCAGUUCUCGCUUCAGGGUCAUCAAACUUGAUCACGGUACGGGAGAGCCCUUCCGGAGGGGCCGGUGGACGUGCAUGGAGUUCUACGACCGGGACCCGGAGGGCGGUUCCGUUAUGUCUAGGACUGUGGACGUGAAGCCGAGCGCCUUGGAUCAGAACGCCGACAGGGACAGCGGACUGGGGGCCACAGGAAGCUCGGUGGUGGCCCCCUCCGCGCUCGUGGCCCAGGGGCCGGACUCCGCGGCGGACGCUUCCUGUUUGGCCCCGGCCCACCUGCCCCCGGUCGACCCCCAGCCGCCGGGCUACGGCAUCGGGCACCAGCCCGCCAGCGCGGCCUUCCAGCCCCCUGGCUACGGCGGCGGCGGCGGCGGCAAACCGGCGGCAGUUCCAGUUCCGGCGCAGCAGCCGCAGGUCCAGGUUAGCGUCCCGCAGCCGCCGAUCCCCGCCGCCGCCCCCCAGACCCUCCUCCCGCCGGGACACAACGGGGCACCCCUGCAGAAAUCUCCCAGCAUGCCCCCCGCCACGCAGAGCCAGCCGUUUGCCUACCCUGCCCCGCACCACCUGCCCUCCGUCAGCCCCGUCGGCCAAUCGGAAUACCGGCCGCCGCCUCCGCAGCAGCCCCAGCAGCCCCAGCUCCUGUCCAUCGCCACCGCCGGCCCGAUGGGGCCCCCCGUCAGCCAGGGCCCCUCGCCCGUCAUGACCCCCGCCGCCGCCGCCGGGGCCCAGGCGCUGGGGCUCCUGAUGCAGGCCGGGGAACCGGUCGCCGUGUCGUUGCCAGGCAACCAGCAGCCGGCCCCGGCGCAGCCCGGGCUCCUGCAGCAGUCCGUGGCGGUGGCGGUGGCGGUAGCCGGGGGCCCGGUGUCCGCCCCUCUCCCGCAGCCGCUGCCCUCGGGGUUGGCCGGGAUCGUCCCCGUCUCGGUCGCCGUCGCGGCGCCCCCUGGUGUCCAGAACGUGCCUACCGCUGUGCCGGGCUCCUCCCCCGCCGCCGCCGCCGCCGUCGCUCCUUUGACUUUGCCGAACCAGGCGGCCGCCGCCGUGGCGGGGCAGCUGCUCCUGGGCGCCCGCGGUGGCGGCGGCGUCGUUUCGGGGCUGGCGUUCGGGCAGGCGCCCCCCGUCGCCCCGGCGGAGGAGACCCGAAGGAAGUCCGAAGCCCUACCUCAGCCGUCCGGCGUCUCUGGCAAGGACGCGGCCAGAGCCCUGAUCCCGGAAAGCCUGCAGCUGACCGCGCCCUCCGUCAACAGCCUGUUCGGAAUACCCAUCGCGCUGGACGGGGACGAGGACAGGAAUCCUUCCACAGCGUUCUACCUGGCCUUCCCUCCCGACAGGGCGCAGAACUCAAAGAGCCACAGCGAUAGUGCAUCUGGAGCGAGUGUUGUAGCCAUCGAUAACAAAAUUGAACAGGCAAUGGAUCUGGUGAAGAGCCACCUGAUGUAUGCGGUGCGGGAGGAGGUGGAGGUGCUGAAGGAGCAGAUCAAAGAGCUGUACGAAAGGAACUCUGUGCUGGAGCGGGAGAACGCCGUUCUCAAAUCCCUGGCCAAUAGUGAACAGCUGUCCCAGCUCUCCACCCAGCUGGCCAAUCCCGGCAGCACGUCCCCCCAGCAGCAGCAGCAGCAGCAGCAGCAGCCGCAGCCGCAGCAACCGCCGGCCGCUGGCUCCGCCCCCCCCGCCCCCCAGGAGGGCGGCCAGCCCCUCCCCCUGUCCCUCCCCCACCAGCCCAAUGUCUCGUCGGCGUGAGCAACGCUCUCUCCUCUGUAAGAGAUGGACAAGAUAAAAAUACCACACACACACGCGCGCGCGCAAAAAAAAUAAAUAAAAAAAGCUUAAAGACCUGCUUAUGAUACCAGUUUUAAAAGAUAAUAAAUAAUAAGUAAUGGUAAAUUACAGAAAAAAGAAAAAACUAAAUCAAAUCAAGUCAAUGUUGUUCGCCUUGGCCUGCAAGAAACAUGGAGGGCCAUGCUCUAGUGUGUGUGUGUGUGUGUGUGUGUGUGUGCGGUUUGGGGCCUUCCCAGUGUUAGACAAUCAUCGGAGAGCUUUUUCUUUUGGCAUGGUAUCUAAUGGGGCGGGGGGGGCGGGGCGGGGCUUGGCAGAGCCAGUCACCUUGAGGGGCGGGGCCAGCUGCAUCCGGUGGUGCCGACAGACCGGAGUUCCUGCUCAUGGAUGGGAGGCCCAGCCAGCCAAUCGCAAUCCGAUCUCACCCCCCCCUCGACGAUACGUCUGGCGGCAGACGGGGGCGGAAGGUGUGGAGAGAAAUUGGAACCUCCGUAAAAAGGAGGGGUAGUGCGAACUAUUGAAUGGAUGAGGGUGUGGUGCAGGGGAUUGUGGGUAAGGUGGGUGGAGGGAAUGGAAUUGACACGUCUUCAAAGAACCAUACCAUCCUUUCGACAUGAAUCAAAUCCACACACACGUCAUGUUAAAAAAAAAAGUUUUACUGUUUUCAUUUUAUUUAUUACAGGGCUGCUAUUUUCCAUAAUGUAAAUGAACAAUGCCACAGAAUAUACGCUCUAUUGAAAUAAAAAAAUAAAUAAAACUUUCUUUGGGUUUUCGGAAAGUUUCAAAUGUACAAUAAUUGGACAUUGGUUGGGCGAUGAAUCGCGUAAACUAGUUAAAUAUGUAUGG